CAGAAGGUACUCUUGGGCAUCCGCAUCCCAGAUCUUGCAGCCGAAAAAGCUUCCCUUCCCCUCCAACUCACACUCUCUCUCUCCUCUCUCUCUCUCUCUCUCUCUCUCUGUGCCAAUUUCUGGCUUUCAAUCCAACCAAAACAAACAGAAAAAAUCAAAAUCCCAACAACAAAAUCACUGAAAGAAGAAAGAAGAAGACGACGACGACGAUGCAUUGGGUUUAUUUUGCGAAACAAAAACAAAACCAGAACCCAACACUCCGCCAUUGAAACUCCACCAUGAAAUUGCGAGCUCCUCGUCACCAGCUCAUCUUCUCCAUUGUUCUCUCCCUCUCCCUCACUUCCCUCCACGCUCUUCGAUUCCAAUCACUAACUGCAAUCCACAGAAGAAUUCUCCACCAGCCCCUGUUUCCAGACAGCUCCUCCCCUCCGCCGGACGCCCCGUCGCCGCCGAUUCCACCGCCGCCUCCGUCCGACAGUUCAAGCGACCAGCCCUUUUUCCAUGAGUUGCCAUCUGGGUCGACCCCAGAUCAGACUCAAACCCCUCCGCCGCCGUCUAAUGCCACCCCUGUGCAGAACCCACAAGCGCCGCAACCGACCAAGGGGACGAAGAAAGUCGCCAUUGCCGCCUCGGUCGGAAUUGUGACUCUCGGGAUGCUCUCCGGCCUCGCCUUCUUCCUUUACCGCCACAGAGUCAAACACCCGUCCGAGUCUCAGAAACUCGUCAAUGGCGGAGGACCCGAUUCCCAGAGAUACGCUGACGACCCAAGAAUCCCACCCUCGAGCUUCCUCUACAUUGGCACAGUCGAGCCCAGCCGCACGUCGACGACGAGCAGCGAAGCCGUGAGCGGGCCGACAACGGCGGAAUUGAACCGGUCUCCUUAUCACAGGCUCAACUCGGUCAAAAUAUCGGAUCGGUACCGGCCGAGUCCCGAGUUGCAGCCGCUUCCUCCUUUGACCAACCCUCCUCAGAACCUCAACUCGCCGUCAGCCAUGUCGUCCUCCGAUGAAGAGAGCAACGAAACGGCGUUUCAUUCGCCGAACUGCUCCUCCAUCAGCUACGACGGCAGCUACUACACACCGAAGCAGUGCAGCAACAAUGGAGUCGCCAAUUGUGCUCCGAUUCACGUCGCCAGUUCAAUUCACAACUCGAAACGAACUUCUCCAAAAUCCCGGCUUUCGGUUUCUUCCACCACAAGGAACCAGGCCGCGCCGCCGCCUCCCGCCCCUCCCCCGCCGCCAAUGCCAAUUCAGACUCAAACCCACGACGCCCAACAGAGAGCUCCAUCGUUUUCUCAUAAGAGGCCGAAAUUCUCCUCCCCACCUCCACCAAAUUUGGCGCGUGUAUCUAAAGCCCCUGUUCCGCCUCCUCCGCCACCGCCGCCGUCGCGACCGACGAUAUUAAGGCAAGUUGGGGAUUCAGAAAGAGUGGUUUCUGCAAGGCCAUUUCAAGUUCCGGUGAAGCCACAGCCACAAUCCUCCUUUGCAGCAAUCCCGAAAGGGCCUUUCGAAAAUGGGACAAGAAAACCUACUGAGCAAGUUGUUGAAAGCUUGGCGUCUGCAGAGAGUUUUGAGAAUGAAGAUUCAGGAGGGGCAAAGCCCAAGCUGAAGCCUCUGCACUGGGACAAGGUGCGGGCAACCUCUGACCGUGCUACCGUGUGGGAUCAACUGAAAUCGAGCUCAUUCCAGCUAAAUGAGGACAUGAUGGAGACUCUUUUCGGGUGUAAUCCGGGGAAUUCAGUCCCGAAAGAGACUACUAGACGGUCAGUUCUUCCUCCUGUUGAGCAGGAAAACAGGGUUUUGGAUCCAAAGAAGUCACAAAACAUAGCUAUACUGUUGAGAGCACUGAAUGUUGCACGAGAUGAGGUCACCGAAGCGCUUUUAGACGGUAACCCCGAAGGCUUGGGCGUUGAGCUGUUGGAAACUCUGGUGAAGAUGGCUCCAACAAAGGAAGAAGAAAUUAAGCUUCGAGACUACCAGGGUGACGUCUCAAAAUUAGGGACUGCUGAACGCUUUCUGAAGGCUGUGCUCGAUAUCCCAUUUGCCUUUAAGAGAGUUGAGGCAAUGCUAUACAGAGCUAAUUUUGAUACAGAAGUGAAGUACCUGAGGAAGUCCUUUCAAACGCUGGAGGACGCAAGUGAAGAACUAAAGAGCAGUCGAUUAUUCCUCAAACUCCUUGAAGCUGUUCUCAAGACAGGGAACCGAAUGAAUGUUGGGACCAAUCGUGGCGACGCUAAAUCUUUCAAACUUGAUACACUAUUAAAACUAGUAGACGUAAAGGCAACUGAUGGAAAGACCACAUUGCUCCAUUUUGUGGUCCAAGAGAUCAUAAAAUCCGAAGGUGAAGUUGUUGAUUCUACAAAUGAUAAUGCUAAAAACAUGCCUGCCAAGACCAAGGAAGAUGGUUUCAGAAAGCAAGGAUUGCAAAUGGUUGCAGGGCUGGGCAGAGACCUCAGCAACGUCAAGAAAGUAGCAGGAAUGGACUCAGAUGUUCUAAGUAGCUACCUGUCGAAGCUUGAAAUGGGGCUUGAGAAGGUCAAACUGGUUUUGCAAUAUGAGAAACCCGAUAUGGAAGGGAAAUUCUUCAACUCGAUGAAGGUAUUUCUAAAUGAGGCCAAGGAUGAAAUUCUUAGGGUCAAGGCUGAUGAAAGAAAGGCUUUAUUUCUGGUGAAAGAGGUCACUGAAUAUUUUCACGGGGAUACAGCAAAGGAGGAAGCCCACCCUUUCAGAAUCUUCAUGAUCGUGAAAGAUUUUCUGAACAUAUUGGACCAAGUUUGCAAGGAAGUGGGGAGUAUGCAGGAUAGAACACUGGUGGGCUCUGCUAGAUCAUUCCGCAUAGCAUCAACUGCUCCUCUACCAGUUCUCAACAGGUAUAACGUGAGACAAGACAACAGUUCAGAUGAUGAAAGCUUGUCACCGUAAAAAUAUGUACAUGAAGCACGCGAAGACACAUAAGUUAGAGGAUAGUACCAGGGUCAUCGACAUGUCCAAACUGAAGAAGCGGCAGCACCAGUAUAUUUGUUUUGUUCUGUUACAAGCAUGUAAAAGGAGUAGAAGAAACGCAGGAGGGAAGGCAGUUUUGAAAGUCUUCCAAUAUAAAGAACAUCCCGAUUCAGAUCAGAGAUUCCCCAGUCAGUUCAUCAGGUAAGGCUCUCGGAGAAGCGAAGCAACAGAUUUUGUAUGAGAAUUUCGGGUGCAUUGUCGAAAAAGCUAAGCAUCGAACGAUACUUAGAAGAGCUGUACACUCAUGCUAAAAGAGAAGAAAAGGGGGGAAAAAUUGAAAGUAUAAACAUUUAUAAUUAGGAUAGGAUUCUUCAUCCAGAUCCAGAGAGUCCCACACAUUUUGAAGGAAAAAGAAGAAUGUUUUGGUGUUGUGGUCUGCAUUAAUUUCACAAAUUAAAUAUAAAUCAAUAAUAAUUAGCAGCUAUAUAUAUUUUUUAA